UUCUCCCUAUCACCAUACAGUGUCAGGGUCAAACAGCGAAUACAUGUCUUCACUGACCAUGAUUAACAGUGGUUUGUUAUUGUGUAUGGUAUUCGGUGGAAUACAAAAUGCAUGUGGAUAUGCGGUUGGUCUAAAUUGGACUCGGAAGACUCCUUAUGUAUCUGGACUUUCCAGUGAGUUACCGGAAACUGUGGCAGACCUUGUGACAUUGCUGUCUGAUGUCAACAACCGUGUACAACAACUGGAAAUCUCCCAUAAAGUUAUCACUAAACAAGAGACAGCAAUGAAAUCAGAAAUUAAAGACAUUCAAGCCGAAAAUCUCAGUCUGACAGAAACUAUUAAUGUUAUUACUGACUUUCUAAGAACUAAAGGUUUUGAUUUAGACGAAAUCUUGUCUAAAAAACUACCACGUGAACUGAAUGCUGAUGUAAAUGGUGACGACUUCAAGGAUUCAAAUUUAAAAUCACCUGGCAACACAACUAGAUACUCUGAGGUAACACAAGAACGGAUUCGGAGUGAACAGGCCUUCUACAAACAGCCUUCCGUAGAUAUACGUGCCGGUUCUCCCGGGGAAAAUGUUGCAUUCCAUGCCGUCCUUAGUCGCGAUUUGGUUAAUCCUGGUAAAGGCUACGAGGUCGUGUUCGGAGAUGUCCUAACCAAUACCGGAGGGAUGUACAGUAACAACACGGGAACGUUCACAUGUGGGACAUUGGGAACGUAUGCCUUCUUCUGGACGGUCACAUUAGCGUCCGAUCAUUGGGCCGACACACAUCUCACGCGCAACGGACAGGUGGUCGGUAUCCUUGUGGCAGGAAAUGCGUAUCAUUACGGCUCCUAUACUGGUACAGCUAUGGUACACCUAGAUGUCGGUGAUGAAGUGUUUGUUAAGGUAGAUUUCCAUCAGGAAAGUACCACUAUUUACUCGACAGCCAGUACUUUUUCGGGGUUCAAGAUUUUCUAGGUUGCUUCAUGUAUCAUUCGAGUAUUUUGCUAAUAAAGAUAUACAGCAGUAUAAA